AACUCCCAUACCCGACAUAUAUCCGUGUUCAAAAGGUCUUGAACGGUACAAACCACAGAGCAAUGGCUUCUCGUUUCGCCAACAUCAUACUCUCUGUCCUAGGAGCGUCUGCUACCAUUCUCUAUGAUGGCAGAGUCCCAGUUGGCAUGAGCAACUCUAUUCUCGAUACAUCUGUAGGUCCUUUUUCAAUGUGCGUCCGUCUAUCGGAGUCAUGAGAUUGCUGAUACUAUUCUUGGCGACGAACAGUGCUGUCAAAGGGCUUGAAAGUGCAUCUUUUGUAUCGCAUUCAAUAUUCUUCGUCAUCGUCAGAAGUUCAUAACCUACUUCUAGUACACUAGCUUCGUCCCUUACUCAUCAACGGAGCAAGCUGUCUCUAUAACGAUUGACUGGACGUCGAUUUUCACUCCGGGAGGUUCCUCGCCACAGUAUGGGUUUCGCCGGACAGAACUUAUAGCCCAAAAGGAUGGAAAACGCGACUGCUCUGAAUGAGGAGAUGGACACUGGCGUGUCGGUGUUUCACUUCUCCAUUAAAGCUGAUGAGAGUCAUCCGUUGAACUAUACGCACGAAUAUCAGGUAGUCUUUAUCGAGCCAACUGAUGGGUCGCAUGUGUUCGGACUUCAGCUCGGUUCGCCAUUCACAAACCCUACAGGCGUAGUCCCAGCACCGAAUGCUACCUCAUUUAAAGUGCUCGAUCACGAUUUGAACAUUCUGUUUACUAUACUUUUCACGAGCAAGACAUGGCAUAAUUUCGCUGUGCAAGUCGAUUGGGGAAAUCUCACCUUCCAAGUGUUCUAUUCCACAAAUGAGGCUCCCCUUGAUGCUGUCACCGACGUGAUGCCAAAUGAUUCUGCAGGUGCGGACAUCGUUGGGGAUUUUCAUUUUGGGAUCCUAAAGCCGCCUCUUGUUAACCCAUUGGAUUCACCGGCUCAACAGGCAGAUGUGGUGCACUACGGUCUCCAGGAGGGAAGUCUUGAGGGAUUACUCUAUUCCAGCGUCUUUAUGGAGACCGGCCCACUUGAGUGAACAUGGUCGUCUAUCAACUACAAAACUAUUCUAAUGAAAAG